GGAAGCAAAACUGUAGGAGCAGUCGAAACCGUGCUUCUAGACCGGAACCCUGGCCACUUGACUAAAACCCCACUGAAGAAGAUUUACAUUUGUAUGUUUAGAAAUGCGUGCUUUUAUUUUGAAGAAUUCUUCAUUACCAUACGAGAGUGACGUCAUUGUUUGCGCUACUAGCGAAUAUUAAUCAUCGUCCCAUUGUUGUUUGAUGAAGCAUAACGUUAGCUGGUUAGCUAACUGAGGACCUACACAAGUCACCAUGGGGAAAGAUCCUAGGAAGCCGAGAGGCAAGAUGUCCUCAUAUGCUUACUUCGUGCAGACCUGCAGGGCGGAGCACAAGAAGAAACAGCCCGAAGCCAGCGUCAACUUCGCCGAGUUCUCCAAGAAAUGCUCAGAGCGAUGGAAGCCCAUGUCUCCUAAAGAAAAAGGAACGUUUGAGGACAUGGCAAAGCAAGACAAGGUCCGCUACGAGAGAGAAAUGAAGAACUACAUCCCACCCAAUGGCCAGAAAAAGAAGAGGUUUAAGGAUCCCAAUGCCCCCAAGAGACCGCCGUCUGCGUUCUUCAUCUUCUGUGCUGACUUCCGGGCCAAGAUAAAGAGCGAGCACCCAGGCCUGUCCAUUGGAGACACUGCUAAGAAGCUGGGAGUGAUGUGGAACAGCUCUGCAGCUGAGGAGAAGAAGCCGUACGAGAAGAAGGCAGCCACGCUGAAGGAGAAAUACGACAAGGAUAUUGCAUCAUACCGCACCAAUGGUAGAGUGGAUACUGCCUCCUCCGCAGCUGCUGAUGACGACGACGAUGAAGAUGAUGAGGAGGAUGACGAUGAGGAUGAUGACGAGUAGCCUCCCUGCUGUUGGAGGCUACAUUCUUGUUUAACGCUAUGUAACCCUAUUGUACACACUUUACAUCUCCGAACAGACCCAGACACAACGAGAACACAUUAAGCUGUGUGUAUAUUUAAUGUUUUAAUGCUCCCUAACCGGUUAAAGGUAACACUACAUGUCUUGUUUUUGUUCUUGUAGUAGCCCUUUUUUCCUGCCCAUGCCUGUAACUGCUUUGGCAGAUUAUAAAUCACAAUGGAAGUAAUAACUUUCCUUUAGGUGUGCAACUCUCAAAUCAGAUUUCUGGGUUGGUAGCGAGUGAAUUAUGUUUUUUCUGUAUUUGUUUUAAAGGAUAUUUUUUCAUAUGUUUGUCACACGGUCUUUGUAUUGUUCUUUGAAUACCACUCUGAUAACAAAUGCAGCUGACAUUCAGGAAUGUCUUAAAUAAAGGUCUUUUUUAAUAAA